AUGUCGCCAAUUUACUACCCCAAAGCAGCAAUCCCUUUCCCUUCUGAGCUUCCAGUCGCAGAUCUUGAAGUCAUAGAUUUUGAGUUGAUAAAGAAAGGUGACGAGAAUGAGAUUGACAGGAUGUGGAACGCUUUCACGGGCCUUAGCUUCUUUUAUCUCAAGAAUAGUAGAGUUGAUCCUCAGCCAUUGAUUGACUUGGCAGAGACCACCUUUCCUGAAAAGUUUGAAGAAAAAAUGCGUUUCCCUCAGGGAGACACUCGCUACACCUUUGGCUACAAAGGAGGAUUUUAUGACGGGGCUCAAAUCAUGAAUGUGGGACAUGAUGCUGUCGACAGCUUUUUGAAAAACCAAGGUGGUCGUGUCUCUGUAGAAGCUUCAGAUAAAACUCUUCCAUCUGUACUGCAUUUCAUGAACGCCGGUCGAGAAGUUUCUCUUGUUCUCUUGGGCGUCAUCGAAAAGAAGUUAGAGUUACCAGAAGGAACUCUAGUAGAUCUUCAUACCGGAAAAAAUGGAAGUGGUGCUCGAAUCACCAUGACUCCACCCCUCAAAGCACCUGCAACUGAACAAGAGAUCCACUCGGCUGAGCAUUAUGACUUUGGUACUUUUGCAAUCCUAUUCGACAAUGUCGGAGGCCUUCAAUUUCAAGCUCCUGGUGACUCGACUUGGCAAUGGAUGAAGCCAAUUGCAGGCUAUGCAUCCAUCAACUCUGGUGAUUACUUGAGGUCUUUGACUGGUGGAGCCAUUACCUCCUUGGCUCAUCGAGUCUUACCACCGCCGGGUGAACAAUCCGCACUCACUCGAUUUUCUCCAGUUUACUUUUGUCGCCCCAACUGGGGUGUCAAGCCCAAACCUGUGGUUGGAAUUUCCAUGGCUUGA